AUGGCGCUGGGUGUGGCAUCGCUUGCGGCCGGCGUGCGAAGGGCAGCUUCCCGGAGGUGUCGUGUCAGCCGCAAAGCCAUCUCAUCAAGAAGCUCAACACAGGGCCAAUGCGGCAGAAAGACACAGUGCCUGCACCCUGACAAGCCCAUGAUGUUUGCCUGCGCGGACUGCCCUCGCCGCAACAGCAAGGCGGCCAGCGAGGACCUGGAUGCCCAACCUAUGGCUGUGGCAGCGUUGGUGGGCGAGGAGGUGACCAGCAACGCAUGCUGCAGGAAGACACAGUGCCUGCACCCUGACAAGCCCAUGAUGUUUGCCUGCGCGGACUGCCCUCGCCGCAACAGCAAGGCGGCAAGCGAGGACCUGGAUGCCCAACCUAUGGCUGUGGCAGCGUUGGUGGGCGAGGAGGUGACAAGCAACGCAUGCUGCAGGAAGACACAGUGCCUGCACCCUGACAAGCCCAUGAUGUUUGCCUGCGCGGACUGCCCUCGCCGCAACAGCAAGGCGGCCAGCGAGGACCUGGAUGCCCAACCUAUGGCUGUGGCAGCGUUGGUGGGCGAGGAGGUGACAAGCAACGCAUGCUGCAGGAAGACGCAGUGCCUGCACCCUGACAAGCCCAUGAUGUUUGCCUGCGCGGACUGCCCUCGCCGCAACAGCAAGGCGGCCACCCUUGAUGUUUGCUUGUGCGGACUGCCCUCGUCGCAACAGCAAGGCGGCCAGCGAGGACCUGGAUGCCCAGCCUAUGGCUGUGGCAGCGUUGGUGGGCGAGGAGGUGACAAGCAACCUGUGCGGCUGACAAGUUCUUGA